GAGCUCUAAAAAACAUUUAAUCAAGUUUGUGCGAACUGUCUCUCACCCACAAAACAGUGCGAAGGACUUUACAUUGGCACUCAUUGUAUUUGUGUGGCUGGAUAAUAGAAUAUAGCAGCCAUGCCGGGUAAAGAUCCUAAUAAGCCGAAGGGAAAGACUUCUUCCUAUGCGUUCUUUGUUGCGACGUGCCGGGAAGAACACAAGAAAAAACACCCAGGAACUUCAGUGAACUUUUCCGAGUUCUCAAAGAAAUGCUCAGAGAGGUGGAGGACCAUGUCUGCAAAAGAGAAGGUGAAGUUUGAGGACAUGGCCAAGGGUGACAAAGUCCGUUAUGACAAGGACAUGAAGGGUUAUGUGCCCCCCAAGGGAUCUAAGGCAGCAGGAAAGAGAAAGAAGGACCCCAAUGCCCCCAAGAGGCCACCUUCUGCAUUUUUUGUGUUCUGUGCUGAACACCGUGGAAGAAUCAAGGCUGAUAACCCAGGCAUGGGCAUUGGAGACAUCGCCAAGCAGCUGGGUCUGCUGUGGGGUAAGCAGACUCCCAAAGACAAGCAGCCACACGAAGCAAAGGCCGCCAAGCUGAAGGAGAAGUAUGAGAAGGAUGUUGCUGCCUACAAGGCUAAGGGAGGCGCAGGUGCAACUGCUAAGAGUGGCCCUGGCAGGCCAGCUGUUGGCAAGAAGGCAGCACCCAUGGAUGAUGACGACGAUGAUGAUGACGAAGAGGAGGAUGAUGACGAGGAAGAGGAGGAUGACGAGGACGACGACUAAACUGCCUGGAAACUUGAGCUGGAGUAUUUGCAAAACAAUGUGAACCUUACAAUGUAACAUUUAUAGCAUUUUGGAUUUUUCAGAACAUGUACAGUGAUGUGCAAUGGCUGCAAUAAUGCAUACAGGGGUCAUAUUGUGCUGUCUUGUAAAUUAACAGCUCUUAUUCUCGAAGCACUGCUUGUUUUGUCUUUGGAUGGUGGCAUGUUCUUUUCCGCCCUAUAUUGAUAUCGUUUCCACUGCCGUUUUUAAGAAAUGCAAGGGAAAAUGUGUAGACGUUUGCGACCCAUUUUUAAUGUGGAGUUUCAGUGUAGAAUUUCUUUUUAUAAUAAAAAUUUGUUUUGUAUAUUAUGAUUAACUUCCUUGCCUUGUUGAUGACAAGUUAGAUUAGGGAUGUGAUUAGACAACUAGUCAUAUUCAGAUUUUUUUUUUUUCACACCCCACUAACUGGUCUUUCAGAUCUGAUCAUUUAAAAGCCCACUUGGUAGAAAAAUAUCUGAAUUGGCUGUGUAAAAUCGGCCAAAUGUACUCCCAUGUUGGUUAGCUACUAGUUUCAAGGUAGUGACCUAUUAAAUUGCACUAAAACUUCAAUGAAAAAGCUUAAUACUCAGGCAAUUCAUGACGUACACUGAACAAAAUAAAUGCAACAUGUUGGGUUUCAUGAGCUGAAAUAAAAGCUCAUAUUCUGUGUAUUUCUACCACCCAGUUAGGGAGCAUUUCUCAUUUGCCAAGAUAAUCCUGUCAAAUGUGGCAUAUUAAGCCAAUUAAACAAUACAUUAAAGGCC